CAAUUAUUCAAUGUAAUUUAAUUUAAUUCAUUUGUACUCUGGUCCAUGUCAAUGUUUAAUGAAAGUUAAAUCAUCGAAGUUGAAAGUCAAAAGUCAAAAAUGAAAUGUCAUGGAAGAUCGCAAAAGACAAAUAGAUGUUGAUUUUACACAAGAAGCGAGGAAGAAUAUGCCACGUGGUAAACCCCAACAAGAGCUUUACAAGCCUGGCAGUGGAAAAUUGAGAAGGUCGACACAAGGUGCUGAUGAUUCAAUGCCAAAUUUAUCCUCUAAUCGUGCGAUAAAAAACAACGUAGCAUCUCAAGAGACGUUCGCGACAAAAGCUGGAAAUAGCACUGCCGACUAUUCAGCCCAGAAAGACUUACCCAAACGCUUAAAAAAACCUGAAAGGGAGCUCUACAUCCCUAGAGUAGUUGCUCAAUCUAGAGAGCUAUACAGUCCACAGGGCUUUACUCAAGACACUGCUAUGCAUAAUGGUAGUGAGCGAAGUUUUGAAAGCAUGAAUAGUUCAAAACGAUAUUCUCAUAGGAGUCAAAACCUGUACAUGAACACUGAUGAAUGGAGAGAUAAAUCCCCUAUGGGUAAUAGAUCUGCUAGGUUAGGAUCUGAACCUAGAGCUACUAACAAUGGACACAAUUGGCAAUAUCGCGACAGGCAUAGGGACCGAGACACACGGAGUGUGGAACCAUCCGCAAUGGCUAAUCGCAAUCAUAACAGUGAAAAAAUUCAAUCGAAACCUCCGAGUGGUAGACGACAUAGCACAAUUGGUGGUUAUGAGCAAGAAAAGAAACUGAAAAUGAUAGAGAAUUUGCCACCCAGGUUAAGAAAAAAGUAUAUGGAGGAAAAUGGAUUGACAGAGGAAGACUUAGAAACUUCAAGUUCUACAUUCCGUUCAUCUGUUAAUUCGACCAAUGCUGGUAGAGGUUACCAUUCAUUGGACUACUACAACACAUUGCCAAAUUCCAGCCAGCAUGGAUUUCAGCCUGGUUUACAUUCUGGAUAUCAGACGUUGCCCAGCAGGGGCAGAGGAAGGGGGCGGUUCUCUCACCAUGAACAAGAUUGGCAGCCUGGGCGAUUUGGUAGAUCAAUGACACCUGAUAGAGCAAGCUUUCCCAGAAGUCCAGCAAAUUCGCGUCCAUCCACCCCUACAAGAAGAUACGAGAGUCGACCUCAAACUCCACUUUCUCAUGGCACUUACGAUGUGAACGACAGAAAUGACAGUAAUAGACGAAAUGAACGCCACGCGCCUUUCCCCAACGAUAGAAAUCGUAAUGACGAUUGCAAUUCUAAUGCAUCAAGGGAUAAAAAAUCUGACUACAGUGUAACUAAUAGAAAUAGACGAGAUAAUGACAAACCUAAAAAAGGCGAGGAAAAACAAAACAGGGACGAUGAUAGGUCGAGGAGAAAUGGGGAUAAUGACCACAAAAACAGAAGGGUUGAACAAAAUCAACAUAGAAAAAGUGAAGGUGAGAGAAAUGACCAAGAUAGGAGGGAUGCCUACAAGGGAAAUGAUAACAGACAUAGGAGAAGAGGCGGUAGAGAAAGACAGAGUUCCACAAGAGAAUUUGUGGGUAGAAGUUCAAACGUUAGUCAGGCGAUUGCUAUUGAGAAAGUCACAGAAAAUGAUCAUGACAAAAUAGAUGUUAAACUUUCUGAGAUUGGUGGCGUCACUCCUUCUCAGAAGGAAGAUUUUAAGUCUAACUCCGAAACCCGACUAUCACCCAUCUCUCCAGAAGAGGUUGUCGUUAGUGUGGAAGAAAAAUUGGUUGCCAAAGACGAGCACAAGAUUUUGGAUUGGAAUGAAGAGAUAGAAUUGGAGGAAGAAACGUUAAGCGACGCCAUGACUAGAAGCUCGUCGAUGGCCAGUUUGCAGGACGUCAGUACUAGGUCAAUGCCGACAUCUGCCAAUACUACACCCAGUGUCAGAAAAUCAAAAAAGAGGAGUGGAAAAAGUGGCAGACAAAGGAAUAGAAGGGAUUCGACGGCUAGUGUGGAGAGCCGAGACUUGUUCAAAGUGCCGCAGGAAUAUUCAAGGGAUCGCCGCGGCAGCAGGAGACACUCGCGGGACGGGCGGGCGCCGAGCUUCGAACCGUUCCACAGCAAGUCUAGGAAUCCAAGCAGGGAUGUUAGUUUCGAUAGAAGUCAUCAGUCGACGGGACCAGAAAAUUGGAGGGAGGAGAUAAUCAGGAGCAGACAGAAUUCAGAACACGAAGUUGUUCACAAAAAAAAUUUAGACCGAAGCAGAACCAAUUCGGAAAUGGACGACAUAUCGGGGGAGAUAAAAAAAGCCGGCAUAUUGGUUUUACCACCGAAAUCACUAGAGCUCAAUCCAUCUCUUAUGCAGGAUUGGCCUAAAUAUCCAGACAUAAGGAAAAGUCCACAACAGAAAACUCUAUUUGAUCCCAAUAACCCUAAGAAACCGAUUUUGGUUAAAUCACCCGGAAGUAGAGCCGCGAUGCCAGGAUUCUCGACGCAUAACCUGGAUGCGCCUGCGCCUGAGACAUCCGCCACUGAUAAAUUCGGGAAUGUCCGACCGAGUUGGUACGACGAGAGUAGAGAGGAAUUUAAAUUGUGCCGUUAUCCAGAUCUUUUGAGGGAUAUUAAACGUGCUGAUAUCGAACUUCAGGAUAUAAUAAAAGACGGGAUGCUAUUGGUCAACUAUGAAACUGUGGAUAACCUGAGACAGUUUUUGAAGAACGCGUUAGAGUAUCUCCUUUUGAAAGCUCUAAAAUUUUGCCAAACGGAAAAUGUGGAACUUCACUUGUGGAAUAUUCUCUACCACAAUAUUAUCGAGAUUACAAGGAAAGCAAUUACAAACGAGCCGGAAAGCAAACCACAGUACAAGGCUUUCUUACUGUAUCUGAUAGAUGAAGGUACCAAAUACUAUGAGCGGCUCGUAGGUCUCUUGGAAGACAAGUUCCAAUUCAAAGUAGCAAACUUCAUCGGUAACAACAGUAUGGUACAACACAAGGGUUUGGGAUUAGUCGGCCUCGCUCUUAUUUCGGCCCAGAAAAUUUUCAUGUUUUUGGGUGAUCUAGGUCGAUACAAAGAGCAAGUAAACGAGACCAUGAACUUUGGGAAAUCGAGACAAUGGUAUAUCAAGUCGCACGAAAUCAAUCCCAAGAAUGGGAAACCUUACCUCCAAUUGGCAGUUUUGGCAGUUCGUUCAAGACGUAAACUGGAUGCCGUCUACUAUUACAUGAGGAGUCUUAUGGCCUCAAAUCCAGUACCAUCAGCUCGUGAGAGUCUGAUAUUUCUGUUGGACGAAAAUAGGAAAAAGUAUCUUCAUCAAAUAUGUUACUUGCAAGGCGAAAAGAAACGCCAUGAAGAGCGAAUGGAACGACAGAGGCAGUAUAUGAAACAGAAAGAAUCGGAGGAGAGCGGCCAACCGAAUUUUCUUCGUAAGGAGACCUGGAUUUAUCCACACGGUGGAAGGCGGCUGCACAGAACGACGAAAGCGCUUCAAGAAGACGUCAUUGAAUCCGACGAGGAGGAUUUGGCGUCACUUAGUAGCGUAGAUGUUAACAAGAGGUUCGUGAUAAGCUACCUACACGUCCAUGGGAAGCUUAUAAUGAAGACCGAUGUGGAAGAUUUUCAAGAUGGCGCCACGCAGAUGCUGAAAGAGUUUCGAGCGCUUCUUCAGCAUUCGCCUGUGCCACUACCUUGCAACAGAUUCCUUCAGUUGUUCGCUUUGAACAUGUAUGCCAUAGAAACCACGCAGCUGAAAGAUCCCCAAUUAGACGGUUACCGAUCUGAAUUGCAAGAGCGUGCUCUUAUAGUGUCCCUACAAAUGUUUAACCUUAUCCUGGAACGAUGCGUUUCCAUCCUUCAGGAGCACUUUGCCAACAUCAAAAAACAAGGCGACACCGGCUAUACUCUAGAUUCGCUGCCCUAUGAUGUCAGCAUACUCUUGCCGGCCAUCAAGAUCUGGUGCGAUUGGAUGCUGUGCCAUACGCCUGUUUGGAAUCCGCCACCCAGCACGCAAGAUUUCAAAGUCGGGCAUUCAGGGGAUCUUUGGAAUCGCCUUGGAGUAUUAAUGAACUUGCUGGAGAAAAUGGAUCCGGAUUCGAGUGACAUUUUUGUCAACGAAGCCCGAGAAAAUUACGAAGCAGUCCGUUUGCCCGAAGACGCGGUGCUUUGCGGGUUUACUCCCUUAAUGUUCAACGAAAGAGAGACAACAUUCGCGUCGAAAUCUCUGGAUCCGGAACUCGCGCAGUUGCGGCUGCGCAUCUCAAAAUUGCUGUUCUUCGGCACCGUCUACCUUUGCGGUCUGGAACCACCCGUUUUAAAGUUGGAAAUCGAAGACGGGAGGAGGGAUUACGUUUCGGUAGUGCGAUGCGACAGAGGAAGAGAUUCGUCUCCCGACGAUGGGUCUUUGACCCCCAGUAACGACGACGUGCUGCUGGAGACCUUUAGCGGGGACGAGGAUGCGGGCAAUGGCGAAGUAAUUGGCGACGCAGACGCCGAGGUCGGUGACCCGGUCGGCGGUAGCGUCUCUCAGACCUGCGACGCGCCGUCGUCCGAAAUUCGGGACCUGCUAACCCGAAAGGUCGAGUUGGAAAAGCGGAAACGUAUCCAGGAAUUGCACCGACAGAGAGUCAUGAAAAUCUUGAGCCAAUCCGUGGUGAGCGUCCAUUUGGAGGUUAGACCGAAAUAUCUAGUGCCAGACACCAACUGCUUCAUAGACCACUUGGACAGUAUACAAACCAUCGCUCAAUCGCACACUUAUACGGUGAUGGUACCGAUUAUUGUUCUCAGCGAGUUGGAAGGUCUAAGCAAAGGCGGAGUAGCGGCACCGAGUCAUGUAAACUUCAGAGUCGCCCUCAACCCCGAACACGUUCGCCGGGUCGCCCAGUCGGCCCGUGCCGCCUUAGAAUUUUUCAAAAAGCGCCACGCGUCAGUUAAGUGCGUCACGACGCGCGGCACCGUUCUGCCAUCUACAACAUUUUCCGCCGAAGACGACACCUCCUUGGACGGAUCCUUAACUAAUGACGACAAAAUAUUGACCACGUGUUUGGGGUUGUGCAAGGGGCAUCACCACCAAGAGGGAGAAGAUGAACUAGCCAAUGGCGAACCCAGACACAUUGUCAGAGAAGUAGUGCUGCUGACGGAGGACCGUAACCUGCGCGUGAAAGCGUACGCCCGUGACGUACCGGUUAGGGAAUUGCCUGAUUUUAUGCAGUGGGCGGGCCUGGGAUGAACCUAACGAUAUCAGACCUAGUUUGUUCAGCGAUCUGUCUCUUUUGAAGAAAACUAUCGGGAAGCUUGGAACUGGGGUUUCAGUUGAAUACUGUGAAUAUAGAACGACACCGACGAGUUUACAAAAUGGGUUCAUACUUGGGCAAGCAGCGUCGUCAACCAUUGACGGUCCGCUUUAUUUGCAAUUUAUCACAUUUUUUAAUUAUAUAUUUUUAUUAAUUUUACAUUUCGGGUUGUGAUUGCCAUUCCUUGAAACCCGUUUAGUAGUUUAUUCGUUUAUUUAAGAAUUGUACAAAAAUAAUAAUAUUGUGUGUUAUAAAGCGAUGCGUAAAGUUUUAAAAAUUAACUCGGAUCAAUUAAUAUAAUUAUUACUGUGUUCUUAUUUUUAACUUGACUAUUUAGGCGUGUAAUUCAUGACUGAAAACGUUUUGAAAAAAAAAUUAGAAAAUUGUAGGGUAGCUAAUACGUUUACUAACCGUCAUUUGUCGAAGUUUUUGUAAUAUUUUGAAAAAAAGUCACGUGUCAGAUUCACUCGUUCAUCAAGGAAUGUUUACAAGUUAAAUGAGUGUGCUUAAAUUCACCGAUAAAUAGUAUUCGGAACUAAAUUUGCUGUUAUGUGACUGUUUUAUACACAAAAUAAAACACAUCGCGAUAACGAUUAACCAGAAUUGUUAUUUUUGAGACUUUACGUUCACCACCAGUGCCGUGCCGUGCCAUUUUAAUAAUAUGUCGCAAUUUUAUCUUAUUAUACACCACGCAGUAGUUGAGCCGAGGGUCGUGGGUUGGCCCGUAACGGUUAAAAUAUCAAAAAAUUUCCCCUUGGCUCCCACAUUGUUUCGCCAUUUUCCUACUAUCGAUAAGUUUUAUUUUUUAGCGUUUUAUUAGGUUUACAAAUGUACUUAUUUUAUGGCGCCUUUUUUUUAAGUGUAGAUCCAUCAGUUUUUCGACAAAGGAUUUGUUUUAUAUAAAAUAGUUAUUUAGUUUGAUUCCACUUAGAAUUUAUUAGGAUUAGACUAUGAUUCAAGUGCAACCUUUUUGCUCAGGAAGUCUUAACGAAUAAAGAGAUG